AUGGCUUCACCACGGCCUACUGCGACGCCAGCUGCCGGGUUAUCAGCUGCGCCCACCCAACCUCUCACCCCUCCUGCAGAACGCCCCUCCUCGUCUAGCAAUCCAGCUUCCGGAAAUCCAUCCAACGCCGCAUUAACCUCAGCUACGGCUAAUCCCCCGCAAGUUCCUGGAACUUCUCUCCAAGAUAACGGAAAGUCAAGGCGACCUCGCGAUGCCCGUUUGAUACAUAUGCUCCUUGCCUCUUCUGGCGUCAACGCAUAUCAAGAACGAGUGCCCCUUCAGCUCCUCGAUUUCGCAUAUCGUUAUACCUCUAGCGUCCUGCAAGAUGCUGUAUAUCUUGCAACAGAGGGCUAUGCUGGUGAGGUACCAGGCCCCAAGGGCACCGACGGCGGAAAAACGCAGCAGUCGUCGUUGGAGGUUUCGUCCGUGAGCCUUCAGGCGCUACGAUUGAGCAUUGCGUCGCGAUUGCAUUAUCAGUUUCAACCUGGUUUGCCAAAAGAAUUUUUAAUGGAUAUUGCUGCGGAGCGAAAUCGGAUUAUGCUUCCUGGACUUUCUAGGGGUGCAGAGGGUGGAGCGUCCAAUGUGGCUGCACCUGGUGUAGUCAUGGGUGGUAUGAGGCUUCCACCAGAGAGGUUUUGCCAAACCGGUGUGGGCUGGGGCUUACGAGAGGAAUGGGAAAGCGAAGGGGAGGAAGAGAUGGAGAUUGAUGCCGCCGCACAGCAAGGAGCUCCUCCAGCCGCGGGCGCCGGCGAGGAAGAGGGCGGCGCCGAGGACGAUGAUAUCGACGGGAAAAUGGAAGAUAUCUUUGGCGAAGACCCUAUGGACGAGGAUAAUCCGGAUGGAGACAAAACCAUGACGGGUGUUUAAUCCAUUUUCCCUUUCUUCCUCCGAAUAUUUUUCCAAAUUUCCACUGCGCGAUGUGGGCAAAAUCUAUUGUUGCUCGUUUUCUUUUAUUUUUCCCGGAGUUACGCUGCCUUUUCGAAUGGGAUUAGGUCUGGUUUGGCGGUUUCAUAGCUGGUGUCUUUGGUGUGUUUAGGUCAUUAAGGAGAGAGGCAU